AUGAAAGCUGAUUCAUCCUCAAAUACAAAUGAUCCCAAUAGUGAUAAUGAAAAUGAUAAACAGAAUAUGUGGAACCCCAUAUUUAUAAAUCAAAAUCCAGUAAGGUAUAUGUCACAACAACAACAACAGCACCAGUACCAGCACCUGCCUCAGAACUUACAACAUCAACAACAACAGCAAUUGACUCAGGAAUACUCCAAUUCACAACAAAUGGCAUUUGUAAAUCCAUGGAUGGCUGCCACUGAUGAUUCAAUCAAUUAUUCACCACUCUAUUCAACUGCUCCUCCAUCUACCCUUUCUGUAUUACAAGAAUCGGAUGAACAUCCUCAAAAAAUACCAUGUUUUGAUAACUAUAACUAUGAUCAAAGAAGGAAGUCAAGCAUAAUUAUACCACCAACAAGAGAACCUGCUCCAAAUCCUUAUUUGCAAGAAUAUUAUAAUGGUUAUCCAGCACCAGUUUUUCAACUUGAAACCAAUGAAAUGAUGAAUCAACAACAACAAUAUAAUCCAAAUUAUUUUAUUUGUAAUCAACCAUUGUAUCAACAAAGUGGAGAUUCAACUUUUUCUAUUGCAGAUCCAACUAUGUCAUUUUCAAACCAAGAUUUAACUAUGAGACAAUCUGUUGGUCCAGAACAUUUUAUAUCUGAUCAUACAAAUUCCAAUCAAUAUUCAAAAAAUGGAAAAAGCACACAACAAUUGAUUUCAUAUCGGAGAUUGAGUGCCUUCCCUCAAACUAAUGGCUUCCACACAUUACAACCACCAAUGUACAUAAGUAGUGAAUAUAGGAAAUCCUCAAUGUCUGUUUCACCAAAACCGUUAAUGAUAUCACACCUGAAGCAAUGUCAUUCUAAAGCUGAUUUGGAGCCAGUAAUGAACCAGACACCAAAAUUUAGACGUGCAUCUUUGAACUCUAAAACUAUUUCACCAUUAAUUGCAUUGACAAAGGGACUGAUAACAACAUAUUCUCUUUGCAGUCCAUCUUUUUCCUACAAGACAUGUAAGAACCCCAAAAGGGUAUUAACAAAGCCAUCAGAUGGAAAAUUCAACAAUGGUUAUGAUAAUAUUAAUAGCGAUUACAUUCUUUGCGUGAAUGACGUAUUAGGAACAGAACAGAAUCGAAAGUAUCUUGUUUUAGAUAUAUUAGGUCAGGGUACUUUUGGUCAAGUAGUUAAAUGUCAGAAUAUUUUAACGAGUGAAAUUGUCGCAAUAAAAGUAAUUAAAUCAAGAGCUGAAUAUAUAAAUCAAAGCAUCACAGAAGUUAAAAUACUAAAAUUUUUGAACCAAGAACUCGAUCCAUACGAUAAACAUCAUUUUCUAAGAUUAUUUGAUUCAUUUUUGCAUAGAAACCAUUUAUGUCUGGUGUUCGAAGUUCUAGGAAAAAAUUUAUAUGAGGUGUUAAAACAAAAUAGGUUUCAUGGCCUAACGAUCUCAUUAAUAAGAAAAAUAUCGUCACAAUUGUUAGAUUGUUUAUGUAUGUUGAAAGAUAAUAAAAUAGUCCACUGCGAUUUGAAACCAGAAAAUAUUCUAUUAACAGGCUCUGGCAAAUCCGAGAUUAAGGUAAUUGAUUUCGGCUCUUCAUGCCAAGAAUCUAGAACUUUGUUCAGUUACAUACAAUCCAGAUUUUAUCGUUCACCAGAAGUAAUAAUGGGGAUUCCAUAUUCUACAAGUAUCGAUAUGUGGUCAUUAGGUUGUAUCAUAGCAGAACUAUUUUUAGGUAUUCCUAUUUUUCCAGGUUCUUCAGAAUUUAAUCAAUUAACAAGAAUAAUUUCUUGCAUAGGAAAUCCCCCGGCCUGGAUGAUAGAUAUGGGUAAAAGUUCAGACAAAUAUUUUAUCAAAAUUGAAUCUGAUGAAGAAACAGAAUGUAACAAAUACAGAUUGAAAACAAUAGAAGAAUAUAACACUGAAUUUCAGAAAAAGGAAAUAAAAAGUAAGUUAUAUUUCAAAUGGGACAAUCUGUCUGACAUCAUUGAAAAUUACAGAUUCUCCAAAGAACUUCAAAAAAGCCCUGUCGCAUUCGAACAAGAAAAGAAGGAUCGAAGGGCUUUAGAGCAUUUUUUGUCAGGUAUAUUGAGUUUAAAUCCAUUAGAGAGAUGGACUCCACAACAAGCACUUAUGCAUCCAUUUAUUACUCAGCAGCAUUUUUCAGGUGAUUGGUAUCCACCUGGAUUCAUUCCACAUGUAGGAACGUCACCUUCAAACCAAGAUUUUAAUGAUACCAUUAUGAAUAAUAACGAUUCUCAUUUUCAUAGAUCGAAUACAUUACAAGAUAUGUCGCCAACAAAAAGAUUAGGGUAA